AUGGGUUACACUGGGCACUGCAAGUGUUUAAAUCAUGAGCACAGACUGAUUCCUGCAAGGACCCUGAGGAGCAUUGAAAUCUUUCCCAGAGGGCCACACUGCAAAACCACAGAGGUCAUUGCUACUUUGAUAAGCGGUCAGAGAAUUUGCCUGGAUCAACGUGCUACCUGGGUGAAGAAAGUCGUUAGCUUCAUUAAGGAGAAACGGAGACAUAAAGGAAUCCUCAGCUGAGGUCGACAGAGCAAACACACUGGGGAUGGUUGAGACCGAAGUGUUUGAAUGCCUGAAAGUCAAAAACUGCAAAGUCCAUCCACUGUAUCACCGCAAGACUGCAAUCUCCCGAAGAAGGGAUGGUCAUCUUCUUCAUUACAUUGAUUAUACACUGAGCUCUUCUGAAGCACGAGUCGCUAUGACUUCAUUGACUGAUAAACAAAGGCAAAACAGCUUUGCAAAGGCUUUCGGUGAACUGGGAACAUGUACAAUAUCCACUGGUAUCUCCUACUAGAUACUGUGGGUCUAAAC